CCCAGUGCAGCACCCGUUUGUCGUGUAAUAACCGUACACAACAAAAGUUUGCACCUGUAUUUCCUGAACAGUUCAAGAUAAAAUUACCCCGUUUGUUUCGUUAAAUGGUAAAAAUUAUGCUUAACAAUUUUGUAAUGUUGUAUAAUUUUAAAAACCUAAAAGAUUCGCGUCUGAUUUAAACAAAUGUUUGUUAAGUUAGAAUGGUACUUUUGUUAUAAAUCAAAACUAAUUUCCGUAGAGACGGGAUGUCCCAUCUCAUUCGAGGGAGAAAAAUAUUAUCUACACUUUUGAAGAGUAAUUAACUGGAAUAAUACACUGAUAAAAAUGGCAAAUCCACCGCCUUCUAACAUAAAUACUGAAGAAAUUAUCGACUUAGACAAUUAUAUAUGUAAUGACGAAAGGAUUCAAAUGUGGCUGGAUAGUUUUUAUAAUCAAAUGAAAAUUAACUAUGGUUAUGAAGAUGUUAAUACUUUAGAAAAUUUUAUGAAAUGGUACAUUAACUCAUUGCGUACUGAAGUAAAAGACAUUAAAAUAACACGUAAUGUCUCUGCAAAAAUAGAAAAGCACAUUUUUUAUUUUCAUACAAACUUCAAAAGAUUAAAUGUCAUCUCUGAUGAUACUUAUUUAGAUUCCAUGGAAGAUAUUCUAGCUUUCUACUUGGAUUGUGAAGUAAAGAGAUACAUUAAUGAGACCAGAAGACGAAUAAGUAACAAAAAGGUUAUGCGCUCCCGGAUUUUAAAUUUAUUAAGUGUCUACUUAAUUAAUCGAAAAGACAGAUAUCAUCAUGUUCUAAUGAAGAUGCAAUCUGAUAUGUCAUCUGAAGCAGUCAAGAAUUACCUCAACGUUAUUUUUAUGGCGAUUUUUUCUCGAAAACCAUAUAAUAAGUCAGAUAAAGCUUUUUGCAGUGCAUUUGUAUUAUCUAAGAGAUGGAAAAAAACGAUACCACCCGAUUGUUGGCCAACUCUUGAUGAAAUAAUAAAAGAACUCUACGGUAGACAUCCAAAUACCAUAGGAACAAAUUCCAUUUGGAAAAAAAUAACAACUUCUAGUGGACUCAUUGAUUCUAAGGAUGAGCAUAGUAAUAACGAUAAAGAAUUGUGUGAAGCUUAUUUGAAGUAUGUAAAAUCAAUAAACUUGGACGAUAAUAAUGAAAAUGAAAAUAAGGAAGAAAAUGUAGGAACCAGCCAACCCCGAUCAAGCAGACUUUUUCAGAGUUCAAAGCAACUAAGCGAACUAGAACAACUAUUGGAAGAUUGUAAACGCACUGAAACAAAUGAGGCAAAAAAAAAUAAUCAAAAAGAAAAAAAUGUUAAUAAAACUGUGGAUGUUGAUGAUGAUGAUGAUGAUGACUGUAUUAUUAUUUCGGACGAACCCGCCUACAUUCAUCCUGAAGAUUUAGUUCUUGAAAUUUUAGAUGAUGACGACGAUGAUGUUGAGGAUAAUUCAAAAAACAAAGAGACUGGAAAAAAGAAUAGUCCGAAAGAGAAAAAAGAAUUGUCAUUUUUGGAUUCGAUUGAUACUACGGCUUGUAGUUCGUCAAAGGCUGAUAAUCCAAUAACAAAAAACAAUUUUAAAAAAUCAAAAAAUAAUCGUUCGCAGAGACCAGCAGGAACAGGAAAUGACAACCAAGAACCUAUUAUUGUCAAUGAUGAAAUUGAUAUCUCUGAAGAAAAAAACAAUAUCACUGGUUCAUCUAAAAAUUUUCAGUCCUACAAUGAUCGGGAAUGUAAUUAUGAUGAGAGAUCCAGUUCGCCUUGGCCUCAUUCCAUGACAAUUAAUUUUCAUGAAUUAAUAGCGUCAACUACAAGCGAAUGGAAUAAGUUAUCUACCCUUCGUAAUAGAUCUAGCGUAAUAUUCGAAGACCUCCCUGAACAAGAACUCAUUCAAGAGAAUCAAACUGAUGAGGAACCAUCUCACUUGUUGAAUAAUACUGAAACAGAAAUCGAUAGCAAUGAAGUCGAAAUUAUUGAAUGUAAUACUAAUAUUGUUAUGGAAAAUACGGAGUCUCUAACACCAAAUUCACCACCACAGCAACUUAAAAGCAACACUAGUGGCGAAGGUUCAAUUUGCAGUGAUUUUGAAAAAACUGAAAAAUUGGCUGUAAAUCAAACUGAAAAAGUGCUCGACGACGCAAAGGAUGAUAAGAAUUCUUACAUUCAAGAAGUCCACAACUUAAAUGGCAUUAAUAACAUGAAUGAUGUCAACUCCUCCGCAAAUGACGUUUGUCCUUCUAUACCAGUAAUAGAAGAAAACCAAGGGAGCUCAUUGUCGACCUUCAGUUCUAAUUUCGGAGGAGCAAAUGAUAGUGACAAACUGAUGGAAGAUAAACACCAGGGCAGUAAAAAAAGGAAGCGAAUAAUUUUUCUCGAAAAUUACAGCGUUUGCAAGUCGGGCACUCUUACUUCUACGAACCCCCCCACCAACAAGACCAUCCAAACGAUUCCAUCAAAUGGAAUCCCCGAUGACAUGUUACUUAAAAGCAAACCGUUGGUCAUCGUGGAAAGACUGAGCGACAUUGAAAUAGAGGGUUGGAAGAAGAUUUCUGAAAAAACAAGAAAAAUUAAAUGUUUUGAAACUAUCAGCAGAUUGAAUUCCUUUAAGUCUCAAGAGAUAUUGAGUAAUAGGCAAAGAAAUAAUGAACGGCCUACACGGUUGAAUCCUAAUAACGACAGUGCAUUUUACAAAAGAGCUUAUGAAGGCAACUGGAGGGAGACGCAAGAGCUGAAUUUUAAAGAAAAGGAAAGUGACAUAAAUUUAAUUUUAGACGAUUGUGCGACUAGUUCCUUUGCCUGUACGAAUUUAUGUUGCCAUUAUAUUUCGAAAUCAUUCGAAAACCUAACGAUUGGUACGAGCACAAAUUCCCAACUAGUUCCUGCAUUCUACAAUCACUAUCAAAUCAAGGAGACGUGCAGGAGACAAGAAAUUCCGGAAGGAAUAUUUUCUAACGUCAACUUGUUUGUUCAUCCAUCUUUCGGUUCAUCCAUACCAGAAGUCGAAGAAUUCGAGAGAGUGUCUCCUUUACCAUUGGACCUCAGAAAUAAUAAACUUCCCCCUGAUCCUGCCUUGAAUACUUCUCAAACAGAAUAUUGCGGCAACAAUAAACUAAAUUCAGAUUGUGGUAGUUGCAUUAAUAGUACCAACAAUUCAAGUAAUCAAGAGACGACGAAUGAACUCAAAAAGCGCAAUGAAAUAAAAAGAACCAUGAAUUUGUUAGAAGAGGAAAAACAAAUCAGACUGCCUUUAAAGAAACGCAAACAUUCCAUGUCUAAUUUGACUGAACCAUUCGUAGAUGACAACUUUAUUGAUCCGAUACUGAUCGAAGAGAUUAUAAAAAAAGCACGAGUUGAAAAAUAUGGAAAUGAUGAUAUUAGUUAUCCAGCAAGACCAGCUAUAAGUAUAGCGGAAAUUCAGUUGUAACUGAUAAAGCCAAAGCCGGUAUUUUUUCCUUCAGAAAAGGAAAUUGUAUCUAAACCCACAAUUUUCUAAGAUAAUUUAUCAUAUGUAUACUGUUUCUAACCCUGUCUUUCUUAUAGCAUUUUUCAACUUUCCGUCUCUUUCAUGGCUGGUACGAUAUCAUUUUGAAGAUAUAAAUUUUCAAAAAAACCUCAACAUCUAAAGGAAUGCUUAAGAAAAUGAAACAAUAAAUAAUAAUAUUAUUAAAAUAACGUAGCAAUGAAAUAAUAAUAUUUUCUUGAAUCUAUAAAAAAACCAUAAAAACUAUAAAAAAGCGAACCAUCAUAUGAGGGUAAUUACUUUUUAAGACCUACGAAUUGUAAAAACUAACUUCAUAUGUGAUUGAUUCUAAUUAUUUAAUCUAUUUCAUAUAUAAAUAUUCAGUAUUAGAAUUUUAAGAGAUUUUCUAAUUAAUGGCUGUGAAUUUAUUUUUUUAUUAAUUUAGUUUACUUCAUCAAUAUCAAAACAGCGAGCUUAUUAGGUACGGUCACUUAAAGAUAAUAAUUGAAUAACCAAAGAAUAAAGAGAAUUAAAAAUCUGAAGAUGAGAACAAAUGAAACUUUUAUAAUAUAAAAGGGUAUUCUCAAUAGUGUAGUGAAAACAUAGGAGAGGGGUAAAAAACUGUUCAGAACUUUUCAAAACUAAUUUUAGCACUGUUCCAAAGUAGGUCUCGGCUUUUGAACACAUUUCACUGAUAUUUUCAAAAAAAUACAAUAAAAGAUUUUAUUAUUAAAUAAAUUAAGAUAAUUUUGAUUCUUUUGGUGUUUAAAUUUUAUUUAUUGUAUUUUCUUUUUAAUAUAAACAUCAAAGUUAAAUAUAUUAAAGACAUUAACCUAUACCACUAGGAACAAAAUGGCUUAAAUAGUGCAUUGUUUCAAACAGC